UUCACUUCACUCUCGCAUCAGCAUCAGCAUCAGCAUAAGCACCAGCACAUGCCGCCAUCAUACAUAAAGCGCCAAGCGGCGCACGCGACGACGACGCUCCCCACUUCCACACACUGAGAGACACGCAUGCAGCAAGCCACAGGGCGCGAGGUCGCCGGCGCCGCCGUGCCCAGGCCACCGGGCCAUCACGCAGCUGAUCGCCCCUUGCCCCGGCCUCCGGGGCCCUACGCGGCGGGUCGCCCGGUGCCCCGGCCUCCGGGGCCCUCUGCAGCGCCGCCGUGGCCUUACUCGGCGGAGCGCCACGACCCCGUGCCCGCGCGGCGGCACCGCUCGUCCGCGCUGGCGUCCUGCCUAGCGGCGGCCGCGUUCCUCCUGCUGGCCGCUGGCGGGGCCGGCGCGGCGCUGUUCCUCCUCUUCCGCCCGCGCCCGCCGGACAUCGCAGUGGCCGCCGUGCGGCUGCCGUCCUUCGCCGCGGCCAACGGAACCGUGGCCUUCACCUUCGAGCAGACCGCCGUCGUGCGCAACCCCAACCGCUCGCCGCUCGCGCACUUCGACAGCUCCCUCCGCGUCGCGUACGCCGGCGGCGAGCUCGGAUCCGUCUACAUACCCGCCGGACUCAUCGACGGGGGCCGCACCAAGGACAUGUCCGCCAGCUUCGCCGUCCCGGCCUUCCCCGCGGCCACUCAGCCGCCGCCAGGGAUCGCCGAGUCCGCGGCGCAGCAGCAGCAGCCGGCGGCUGCGCCGGUCAUAGAAGUAGACUCGUUGCUGGUGGUCAAGGGGAGAGUCACGGUGCUGCGUGUGCUCACGCACCGGGUGCAAGCGGCCAAGGUGUGCCGCGUCGGGGUCUCGCCGGUCGACGGCAAGGUGGUCGGCUUCCGAUGCUGACUUUCUGUUGUUACUUUUACUUCCUCGGUGGUUUCGGAUGGAGAUAUCAGGCUCGAAUUUCGACAAGAAAAAAAAAUGCAAACCCUACCUGAAUUAAAGAUGCAUGCAUGUUCUAGCCUUGUUUGUAUCAUAUACAGGUAUUCAUCAGACUUGCUGUGUAUCUCAACGUUUGGAAUAUAAUAUAUAUACGCAUGGUCGCAGAA